AUGGGAGAAAUAACAACACAUGUGCUGCCUAACGUUACAACCAAUGAUAAGAAGGAAUCAACAUUAGCAAAAUACAGAGAAACCGAUGAUGAUGACUUGGAUGCCGGUGACUUUGAUUUAAAUUUGUCCUUUUCUAAGUUUUCUCAAGUGUCACAAGGCUCGGUCAUUGUCAAGAGUUCGUCAAAAACAGAAGAAUCGGAAUCAGGCAGCAGUGAUUCCCCGUUUGUUCAAAGAAUCCUGAACAAGGUUGAGGUCCAGUUUGAUAAUGGGUUUGUAUCUACAUAUGAUAAGAUACAAAAUGGACGCGUUGUGUAUCCUGUGCAGGAGGUCAGCGGAAGCAAUGACGAGAAUCAAGAAUCCCCUUUCUUGGACUCAGAAGCAAACAAGCUUGACGCGUUCGACAACAACAUUAAGCAAAUUAGACCCCAGAAACUCAGAAACAAACUUUUCCUGAAUGUCGUAGCCCCCAAAACAAACAUUGGCACUCCCAAGCAUCAACGUACAUCUUCUGUGAAGGUCUCGUUAACGCCGGCUCAAAAAUUUGAAAAGAAGACAACUACACAUCUGGAUAAUGCUCUUGAUAAUUUUGAAUUUGGGACCUUGGUUGGUAAUGGUGCAUUUGCAAGUGUAUAUAAAGGAACUAAUUUAAAAACCAACCAAGUUGUUGCCAUCAAACAAAUAAGACUUGAAAAGGAUCAAGAUGUGGCGGUUUUAAUGGGAGAAAUAGAUUUGUUGAAGAUAUUGAAACAUCCCAAUAUAGUUAAAUAUCAUGGAUUUGUGAAAACAUCGACUUCUUUGAAUGUGUUAUUGGAGUAUUGUGCUGGCGGUUCUUUACGGCAAUUAUACAAGAAAAUGAAACGAGGACUUCCGGAAUCUCAGAUAAUAAACUAUGUAAGGCAAAUUUUACAUGGUUUGACCUAUUUACAUGACCAAGGUGUGGUGCAUCGAGAUGUAAAAGCUGCCAAUGUACUUUUGACAGAUACAGGUGAUGUCAAAUUAGCUGAUUUUGGUGUGGCUACAAGAGUUAAUGCCCUGCAUUACACUGUGGUUGGAACCCCGAACUGGAUGGCUCCAGAAACUGUCAUUGGUGGUGAUGGUCUUUGUACCGCGUCCGAUAUCUGGUCCUUAGGAGCAACCAUAAUCGAAUUAUUCACGAUGAAUCCUCCUUAUCAUGAUCUUAAUCCAAUGGCAACAUUACAUGCAAUUGGAACUGAUGAACACCCGCCUUUACCCAAGGGAUUAUCGUCACUUGCCAAGAAUUUCUUAUUAGAAUGUUUCCAGAAACAACCCAAUUUACGAAUAAGCGCAAAGCUUUUAUUGAAGCAUAAGUGGUUGAAUGAAGGCAUUACAACAAAGUCGUCUCUAAUGAAUCUACAAGCGAAGAGACAACCAAGUAUGGAAUUAAAAUCAAUCCUAUCCUAUCAAGAACAGAAUGAUGAUGAAAAUUGGGACAAUGAUUUUAGCGAAAUGAAGGUUUUAAAAGUUAAAGGUAUGAGUCCCGAUGUAAUCCACCUUGAAGAUAUUGAAUCUGAAUUUGAAACAGAGUUUGAAGAACCUGUGAAAUACACCAAGGCAGAAUUAUUAACCAAGUUUGCCGAAGAUAAUUCUGACUUUAGCGAUUUGGAUCAUAUAGAUAGUAAGAAACUUGUGAAUCAUGAAGCUGACGAAGCUGAUAUUGGGGAUUCGGAUCCGUUCUCGAAUAUGGAGAUUGACAGCUUUGAUACUAAUGAUUUGGAAGUUCAGAGUAAGAUGGAAUAUUUGGUUUCGAGAUAUUCUCGUAAGUUAGACCAAGCAAGAAUGGAAAAUGACGAAGCUAUUGCUUCUCUUGUGAAAAUUACAGGUAGAAUGUUACAUCUUAUUAAGAAAUAUCCGGUUCUGCAUGUCACCUUUAUUCGUGAGCAUGGUGUAUUAUCAAUCUUGGAUCUAUUGGAUAGUUAUCAAGAGAUUCCACGACAACAACAAUUGUGGUAUCAUGCGCUUUCUAUUUUAAACUAUAUGUUUGAAAGCAAUGUUAGUCUGUUUGAAAACUUUUGUUUCCUUGGUGGUAUUCCCGCUAUUGCCCAUUUCCGGAAUGUUUCCUAUGAUAUCCAAGUUAGAUUACAAGUUGUUAGGUUUGUGAGGCUUUUAAAUACUUCAGAUAAGGCAUUAUCGAUGUUUGUUUCUUGUGGUGGGUUCCGUUUGGUGGCUAAAUUUGUUGAAGAAGAUUUUGAUACAACACCUACAUUUCCUCUUGUUGCGAUUGAAUGUAUUCAUAAUGUAUUGUCCAAGGAUUUGAUUCGAUCAAAAUCAGAUAUGUGCCGUAUAUUAUCUAAACACGGUCUUGUAUUUUGGUUUAUGGUACUAUUAAACAGAUUGUUGAAAUUAGACCGCGACCAAACCCAUAAGAGCGUGUCAUCUGAAGAAAUUCGCAUUACAAUUGAUAGAAUAGUUGAUAUCAUCAAGCAUUUUGGUCAAUCUGAAAUAAGAGUCCGAAUUACAAUAGCCAACACUGAUGUAUUUAAAUUGAUGAUUAAAGUAUAUGAUCAAUUGAAUCAUGACCAUAAAAUCGCAAUCCUUAAAUUUAUCAAAUCCAUGUCAUGUGUUUCAGAAGUAUUGAAAUAUUUGUACCGAGCUGAUAUUUUAGAGUUCAUGUUACGAUUAUUGCAAACUAAUACCCCAAGCAAUAGGAAUUACAAAGAGUAUAUAAAUGUUGUGGCACCAAUCUUGUACAACUGUCUUUCAUUGAAUUAUAUCAGAGAGUCGGAGUUUGUUGAAUUGGGAGCAUUGCCAUAUUUGAAGAAUUUGUCAAUAAUCAAUCUUCCAUUCAAACAGUUUAUAUUACCUAUAGUAUGUGAGCUUGCAUAUUGUGAAGAAAAGGUUCGGAAUGAAAUGAAAAAGUACGACAUUUUAAGUGUUUACUAUAAUCUUUUGUUCGAUCCAUAUUGGCAACCAAAUGCAUUAGAAUCGAUUUACAAUUGGUAUAGAAGUGAUCCUGCGUAUGUCAACCUUGAAGCGCCCAGGGCCAUGGAUUGUCUUGUUGCUGGGUUCUUACUUCCCAAAGUGUCCAAUCUUGAAUCAGCAUUGGAUAUCUAUUUGCAAUUGAUUUCGAUCAACGCAGAAAUUACUAAACUCAUGCUGAAUUCUAACGUUAUUAAUAAUAUCCUUAUGAAACUAAAUGUGCAUAAGAAGAAUCCAGUUAUCCAGUUACUCCUCCUCAAGAUUUUGAAAUGGUUAUUGCAAAGUUGUGACACUUUACUGGUGAAUGUUUCAACUUCAGUAGCCAAUAGUUUGCAUGCAAUUACUAGAUCAAGUUCUUCGGUAUUGAUUGAGGAGCUUGUAAUAGAGAUCUUAGAGUUGAUUUAG